GUCUUCGCUGACUUUUACAUCUGGCUGCAGCUGGAUGCAGCUGUCCGAGCGCGCUCAACCAUCCAUCUAUCGGCUACCCAGAGAGCCUCGGAACCACCAGUAAGAGCACCUGGGUUAUGCGUAAUGCGUAACUAACUUCAUCUCUUCUUUUAGGGGUCCUGCAAGCCCCCCUCCUCUGUCACAACCCCCCUCCAGAAAGCGAAUCUCCUCUCGGAGGAAGAGGUCAGGGAUGGAUUUGCUGGCUCUGGCCGUCGCCGUCCCGUUUCUGAUGCUCCGUACCUCCGAGACCUCCGCUCAUUACUUCGAGAUGAUGGGCACCUGUCGGAUGGUCUGCGACCCUUACACCCCCAAACCGGGAGGCGCCAGCGCCAUGGAGGUGAUCCAGAACAUGAACGGUGUAGAACCGCAGCCACCGCUGGCGCACGGGAGCCGCGGCGAGCCGGGGCGACCGGGCAAACCGGGACCUAGGGGCCCACAGGGAGACCCGGGACCGCCGGGUCCUCGGGGCCCACCGGGGGGGCGCGGAGACGGUAAACUCGCCUUCCCAGCGUUAACGGGAGCUGUGGGUGCUGAGAUGGACGGUGUGAACACCACGACGCACAACUUCAGAAUCGCAUUCUACGUCGGUCUUAAGAACCCACAUGAGGGAUACGAGGUGUUGAAGUUUGACGACGUGAUCACAAACUUGGGGAACCACUACGACGCCGGCACCGGGAAGUUCACCUGCCAUGUGUCCGGGAUUUACUUUUUCACCUACCAUGUGUUGAUGCGGGGAGGAGACGGGACCAGCAUGUGGGCGGACCUGUGCAAAAACGGACAGGUCCGGGCCAGUGCCAUAGCUCAGGACGCGGAUCAGAACUAUGACUACGCCAGCAACAGCGCUGUGCUCCACUUGGACUCUGGAGAUGAGAUCUACGUCAAGCUGGACGGGGGAAAGGCUCAUGGAGGCAACAACAACAAAUACAGCACCUUCUCCGGAUUCAUCUUAUACCCAGACUAAAACAUGCUGCAUGGACACAAACCAUCUCUUAUGUUCCUAUUGAAGUGUAUUAUGUUUCUGACCUUCACUGCACAGAUCAUCUCCAGUAGGGCUGGGUGAUAUGGACCAAAAUGAUCUUAUAUCAUAUCCUGAUCAUUUUCAAUACAUAACAUUUAUCUCCAUUUAUUUUUCUU